GGCGCCCAGCGACUUGGGCUGGGAAUCCUCUGCUCCGAGGGCGCCGGGCGGGGGCGCUCGACGGGUAUCGAGCUGCUUUUAAAGUCUCAUGGCCGGAAGUCGCCGACCUCUGGGGCCUGGAUUUAUCUCACAAAAGAGUACUUCGUCAGGAAAAUGAAGCACUGGAAGUGCUUCUCAAAGGCAUCAGUUACUGAUGUUCUGAAACCAGAUAAGCCAUGCUCAGGAAAAGACCACAAAGUGCAUUUGUCAAAUACUGUAAAGGGAACGGCAGUACAACAAACUAAUAAAGAUAUUUCAGCCCAAAGGAUACAGAGAGCUUGGUUAUCUCAUAUGGACCAAACAAUAUUUCAACUCCUAAAGCACACGAUUCGUGCAGCAGAACUUCGUGUGGCACAUCAAAUACUGAAGGAAGUGAGCCCCUUAGAGGCUGAGCUUGUGAAAGAUCCUAGCAUGAAGUGUAAAGUUAGAUUCAGAUUUAGUGGUGAAACAUUUCCACCUGUCAUCGUAUUUAAAAUUUUUCUUCAUACCGAAGGACAUGGUUACAACUAUUUCAGUGGAAAAAAAUUCUUAAAGCCAUCGAGUGAGGCAGUGGCCGAUGCUUGCAAAAUAAUGGGGAAAAGGAGAUUUUGUCAUCAAGUUAUGGAAGAGGAACGUUUUUUCCAGAAGUUCAAAAUAACUGAUGAAAUUGAUAUUGUCACCCUGCAAGAUUACAUGCAAUACUCCAGUCUUCUGGAUGAGACUCCUGCAUCCUAUGGUGGCAGAAAUAACUACUGGCGAAAAUUAAACCUCAAAAACAUCCCCAGGACAAUGAUAAUAUAUGACAUAGUUCAUUAUGCAGAGUCUGGAAUAAUCUCACACCGUCUACAAAAAGAAAUGAAGUAUCUGUUACAGAAGCCACAAACGGAAGAGAUGCGUAAGCACCAGCUACGGAUUGUUUCUGAAGUUAGAUGCCCUUCAUCCUUUCCAACUAGCCAACCUUUGUAUGGGCCCUACCAACAGCAGAGUCAAAUUCAACAUCUGGGUCGUCGAUCUAAGCAAGCUCAAAUGAAAGUUGAAAAAAUGAAAAAAGCUUACAAGAUGGCUAAAGAAAAAAAUGCUUCUGUGGGGACUGAACCACAGACAGAUACAUCACGUACAAAGCAAAAAAAGACAGUCAUCUUCUCCUCCCCAUCUUCUGACAUCAUGAAAGUUGAACCCAUGUCAGAUGAGGAAUUGAAAAAAGAAGAAAAGGAAUUAUUUGCCUGGUGUCAAGGCUUAUGUAUUAAUAGUUCUCCAUCAUAUUAAUGCACAGCUAACUGAUAGAAACCCAAAUCAUUUAACAAUGUGCUUGUCUUGCUAAUAUGAGUAUUAAAGGACAAUGAAAUGUCCACAAGCCCUCAGGAUGCUCUCUUAACCAAAUAAAUGUGUGACCGAUUCUUAAGCCCUUUUUGUAUUACUAGAAGUACAAAUAUUUUUUACUGACAAAAUUUUAAUCUGAAUAAAUUAUUUCUAGUAGAUGCCCUCGAACUAGCUGUAUACAGUUUGAGUCAAGAAAUGAUGUGCAAAUUAGUCCCUGGAAUUUUUAUUCAAUUUUGAUUUUCCUUCAUUUUUGAAAAGCAUCUGAACAGGUCAUGCUUAGCAUAAAUAUCAGAAUUCACAGAAGAAAAGGUUGCUCUUGAGUCAGCUUCCAGUUCCUUUUUUUUUUUAAACUGCCAUGUUGUCUUCACAGAGCACCUUGUGAUAGACCUAUUCUAAAUUAUAAUAAAAAUAAUAAUGAAUUUUUUGCUACAGUAGGCAUGACAUAGCAUACCUAAUCAUUAUCCAGGAUCCUAAGGACCUGGGGCAGAACGUUGUGCAUGCUUUCAACUUGUAUGUGAAUAUUUUUCAAAUAUUAAAAUUGUUUUGAGGAAUAUUCAUCAAUUUCCUUUUGAAUUGAUAAUUUUAUUCCUGAUAUAGUAUAAAUUAUUGAUACUUCUUGUGAUCUAGGCUAUUGGAUUAUAUCAAACCUUACCAGCAGCUAUGAUAAUUAAACAAAGUGUAUUCUUUAUUGAACUAUAAAAAUACAAUUUUUUAUUUGGUUUACAAUUUAAAAUGUGAAGAUCGACUGCUGAUUUAACUCAGGCAAAGCAGCCUAUAAAUGAAUCUCAUUUGCUUUUAAAACAUCCUCUCUUUUUAAAAAAAUUUUUAAAUGUUUAUUCUUGAGACAGAGACAGAGCAUGAGCGUGGGAGGGACAGAGAGAGAGGGAGACACAGAAUCCAAAGCAGGCUCCAGGCUCCGAGCUGUCAGCACAGAGCCCGACGGGGAGCUCGAACUCACAAACUGCGAGAUCAUGACCUGAGCCGAAGUCAGAUGCUUAACGGAAUGAACCACCCAGGUGCCCCAUAAACAUUCUCUCUCUCUUUUUUUAAAUGUUCAUUUAUUUAUUUAUUUUGAGAGAGAGAGCACGAGAUGAGGAUCGGCAGAGAGAGAGAAUACCAAGCAGGCUCCGUGCUGUCGGCACAAAGCCUGAUGUGGGGCUCGAAGUCACAAACCGUAAGAUCAUGAUCUGAGCCAAAAUCAAGAGUCGGACGCCUAACGGACUAAGCCAUCCAGGUACCCCUGUUAAAACGUUCUCUUAAAUGAUAAGGAAUAUUGGAGUAAAUGCAUAUGAUUCCCACUAGAAUAUAUUUAAUAUAAACAUGUACUCUUCACUAUAAUAUAUUAUCAUUUGAUAUCCAAAAUUAGGAUGGACAAUCCCCUUGUUUUCAGACCUUGUACUGGACACUGGUUGAAUAGAAAACACGUAUUUGUCCUCAUGAGUCAUAUGUACUGUCAUUCAUUAAACUGGGAGGCAGUCCCUCAUUCAAUCAAAUGUAUAUCCAGUUCAGUCUAUCCAUAGUAUGUGUAACAACAAAACUAAGGAAGAUUUGAGAUAACAAGAUGAAAGAAGAAGACAAAGGAAGGACAGAGUCUUUACAUUUCAGGGCACCCACUUCUCAUAUUUCAUUGGCUCUGACUUUGUCCCACUUCAAUGCCUCGCUACAAGGGAGACUGGGAAAUGUACACUUGUUUGGGGCAGAUAUGUACCCAACCAAAAUUCUAUUGUUAUAAAAGAAAAGGAUAAUGGAUAUUAAGGCAUAAGUAGCAUCAGCUGCCAGACAGAGUUUAUGUCUUCUAUUGAUUAUCUUAACUCACAUUAAACAGUGUAACCACAUCACAGAAAAUCUUUUUAAAGGUAGAAUUACACAUGAUCUCAUCACUAUAACAACGUUUUCAUUUGCUUUUAUCUUUCUAAUCUAAAUACACACAUAUUUGGGGGCACCUGGGUGGCUCAGUAGAUUAAGUGUGUGACUCUUGGUUUCAGCUCAGGUCAUGAUCUCACAGUUUGUGGGUUCGAGCUACACAUAGGGCUCUGUGCUGGUGGUGAGGAGCCUGCUUGGGACUCUCUCUCUCUCUCUCUCUCUCUCUCUC